UGUUUCAGGGCAGACAAAAUGACUGUUUUGCUCAGAAGUGUCUGAAGUCUGAGCCGUCCUACACAGCCCAAACGCAUUUGAUUUAGUGGUGUGCCAUUCAGUUACUGUUUGUUUACAAGUCCUCCCACCUUUGUGUUUUUCCCCUGAAAGUUAAAUGCAGUUUUGAAGGGAGUCAGAUAAGCUGACAGGCUCAGCUUUUCCACACUGAUCCACUCUUUCGCCAAAAAAAAAGCCUAAAUAAAAUCCUGGAUUGAUUACAGUUUACUCCAGUAACCCUGUUUGGACCCCUGUAUGCCAUCCCACUGUACUUGUGGACAACUAAAAUCCGUCUUUAUAUUUUCAUAUACACGAGGCAAGGAUAAUGAUAUACCUUCCCGCUGGAGGCUCACUGAAUUUAGAUGGUUGUUGUGUUUUCCUUUAACUUGUAAACAUCCCGCUGUUCAGCAACAACUGUCUUCCAUGAACAUCCAGACCGUCCGAUUAUAUCCAGAUGGUCAGCCGACUCAUCUGGACAAAAAGUGACACGGAGAUGAUCACUACAUAGGGGUGGAGCACAGAGGAGCGAGAGCGGUGCCUUAAAGAUGUCUCCAAAGCUACCCGUUGGCCAAGCCAGAGGGGACUAUUCUGCUGUCCAAGUAGCGGUGCGAGUGCGUCCCCUGCUGCCCAAAGAGCUGCUCCACUGCCACGAGAGUUGCAUCACGGUGGACUCUGAACUGCAGCAGGUCACUUUGGGCCAUGACCGACGCUUCUUUUGCGACUUCUUAUUUGAGGAGACGUGCUGCCAAGAAGAUGUUUAUUCUGUGUCUGUGCAGCCACUCAUAGAUGCUUUCUUCCAAGGCUUCAAUGCCACAGUAUUUGCCUAUGGGCAAACAGGCUCAGGCAAGACUUACACCAUUGGGGAAGCUAAUAUUAGCUCCUUCCGAGAUGAGGAGCAGGGUAUCAUCCCCAGAGCAGUUGCAGAUGUCUUCAAGCUCUUGGAUGAAAAUGACCUCUCAGACUUCUCUGUUCGCGUCUCCUAUUUGGAGGUCUAUAAAGAGGAAUUCAAGGACUUGCUGGAAGUGGAGACUGCCAGCAAGGACAUCCUCAUCCGGGAGGAUAAAGGCAACAUUGUUCUGUGUGGUGUAAAGGAGUGCGAGGUGGAGGGUCUCGAUGAGGUUUUGAGCCUACUGGAGUCAGGAAACACAGCCAGGCACACUGGUGCCACACAGAUGAAUCCGAACUCCAGCCGCUCGCACACCAUUUUUACCCUGUACAUCGAUCAACGGCGUGGAAGCUCUCGCCUUUAUGGGACCGCUGCGGGCUCCGGACCGCAAAUGCUCUCCUCCAAGUUUCACUUUGUCGACCUGGCCGGGUCGGAGCGAAUCCUAAAGACGGGUAACACUGGAGAAAGACUGAAGGAGAGCAUCCAGAUCAAUAGCGGUCUCCUGGCUCUGGGUAAUGUUAUCGGGGCACUCGGGGAUCCAAAGAGGAAAGGCUCUCAUAUACCAUACAGAGAUUCUAAAAUCACAAGGAUCCUAAAAGACUCUUUGGGAGGAAACUCAAAGACCCUGAUGAUUGCCUGCAUCAGCCCCUCCUCCUCAGAUUUUGAUGAGAGCCUGAACACUCUGAACUACGCGAUGAGAGCUAGAAACAUCCAGAACCGCGCCACGGUGAACUGCAAGCGGGAGCCCGAUCGCGUGGAAGGGCUGGAGCAGCAGAUCAAGGCCCUCCGCAGAGCCCUGGAGAACCGCCAGCGUUCGGAGACCCGCAUCAUCACCCGCGCUGACCCAAACCGGAGACCUCGGCUCGGAGAGGGCGAGAUCAGCAGGCUGCAGGCCCAGAGCGCUCACUACAGGACCUGCACAGACACCGCUUACAGGUUGCUGCGGGAGCUGCAGGGUGAAGGGGCUCUGACUGCGGAGCAGAGUCUGAGAGUGAAGGAGUGGCUGUGCUCGGUGGAGGAGGAACGCAGCGGGCUGACCACCGCCUCGGGGCCGGACAGCGGCAUUGAGAACAGCUCCACAGAGGACAGCAUCGCCUUGAGGAGAGGGAGGCCCUCCAUCAGGAAUCAGGACUCGGAAGCAGUCGAGGAGCGGUGGAGCAACGGUCAUGAAUACGAGAAAGAGGAUAGUGUGGCUCAUCUUCAGGCUCAGAUCCAGCGGCUGGAGAAGGAGAACACAGACUUUUUAGCUGCUCUGGAGGAUGCUAUGGAGCAAUACAAGCAGCAGAGCGAUAAGCUGCAGGAGCAGCAGGACCUGAUAGCAGAGCUGCAGUUUCAGCUGUCCGCUCCUGGAACGAUGGGGAUGAGCCUUAACUUAAAGCUGCGGCCUCACACUGCCCCCAUGGGCUCCCUGCAGCACGGUCAGAAUGGAGGCUCCCACAGACAGGUCAGUCCACUGGGUCAUGCUGGUCAUGCAACUGAUCACGAAGGGAAAUAUUACGAGGAGCAGGAGAUCCCAGGAGGAGCAGAGGUUUAUUACAGGGAAAACGAGGAAAAUCUUUCCAGUCUUAACCAGGAGCGAUGCAAACAGGUGAACCUGACCUGGACCAAGCAGGACACGAUGCUUGGUGGAAUUAUAGCUGGUGGCAGAGGGCCAGCGUCUCAGCUCCCUGAGCCAGAGCAGCACCCGUGUUUAGCCAGGAAAGCAUCCAACUCCAGCACUGGAGAAAGCCUGAGAAGUUUCGAAGGUGUUUCAGAGUGGGGGCUUCUUCAGGCCCAGCAGAAAAUCAGGGAGCUUUCUGUGACCAUCCGCAUGAAAGAGGAGCUCAUCAAAGAGCUGGUCAAAACGGGUAAGGACGCGCAGGCCCUGAAUAAGCAAUACAGCCACAAGAUCACUGCCCUGGAGAGUGAAGCCGUGCAGGCCCGGCAGGAGCUGCAGGACGCUCAGCGCCAGCUGCAGGAUCUGGAGCGCCAAGAGAGAGAAAUAAGUGCCACGGACAAGACCAGAGCCCAGGAGUGUCGCAGGAAGAUAGCUGCCGCUCAGAGCAAAGUUCAGAGUUCUGAGUGGGGGACGCACGUGUGCUUCAAAUCCCAGGUCCUGAGCCAGCGGCAGAGGGACACCGCUCGCCUGGCCAAUCUGCCCGUACAGAGCGAACGCCGCGUGUCGGAGCUGGAGAGAAGUGUCCAGUCAAUGAGACAGCAGCAGGAGCAGCUGCAAAAGAGGCUGCGCGAGGAGAGCCAGCAGAAACGACGUCUGGAGACAGAAAUGCAAAGAAGGACUCACCGAGUCAAGGAACUUGAGAUAAAGAACGAGCAGCAGCAGAAGAUCCUGAGGAUAAAGACAGAAGAAAUCGCAGCUUUCCAGAGGCAGAGACGCAGUGGCAGCAAUGGCUCCGUCAUCUCACUGGAAGAGCAACAGAAGAUUGAGGAACAGAAGCGCUGGCUGGAUGAGGAAAUGGAGCGUGUGCUGGAACAGAGGAGGGGACUGGAAGACCUAGAGGGAGAACUGACCAAACGAGAGCAAAUCCUGGCCAAGAAAGAAGCCCUGCUGCAGGAGCGCAGCGGACUGGAAACCAAGAGGCUCCGCUCCAGUCAGGCCUUAAGUAAAGAUCUGAUGACUCUCACCGGGCGCAUUGAGACGCUGGAGCACGAGCUCAGCGAGAGGAACGGUCUCCUCCGCAGCAGCAGCGCCCAGGACUCCCAGCAGAUCCGCCAGGAGAUCUCAAACUUACGCCAAGAGAAAGACUCGUUGCUCAAGCAGCGAGUUGAGCUGGACGACAAACUGCGGCAGGGUAACCUGCUCUCGCCUGAGGAGGAGCGAACCCUUUUCCAGCUGGAUGAAGCAAUCGAGGCCCUGGAUGCUGCUAUUGAAUACAAGAAUGAGGCCAUCACUCAGAGACAGAGACAGCUGAGGGCUUCUGCCAGCAUGCUUUCCCAGUGGGAAAUGAACCUCAUGGCCAAGCUGAGUUAUCUGUCUGCCUCCGAGACCAGAGCUCUGCUCUGCAAGUACUUCGACAAGGUGGUGUCCCUGCGUGAGGAAGAGCGUAAACUCCAGCUCGCCCUCACCGAGCUGGAAAUGCAGCUGGAUGAGCAGCAGAGGCUGGUCCAGUGGUUAGAGAAUGCCCUCGAUCGUGCACAGCUGGACACGGACCGCCGGCUCACACAACAGCAGAAGGAGCAUGAGAGGAGCCUUAUUCACCUCUCCCUGUUUCCUCCCAUCAAAGAACAAAUGGACGAAGGCCUGGCAGGAAGGCAGCGGCAGUAUGAGGGAUGGAUCUACAAUCUCAGGAAGGAGCUAAACCACUACAAAGCGGCUAAUCUGGAGCUAAGUACCAAACUGCGAGAGCUCUGUGGAUCAGUCGGUCAGCCAAAAGAGCAUCUUAAAGGUGCUGGGAGUGUGGAAAAGCUGAGCCACUGCCACGAGGAGAACCCGGGAAGCAAAGGGACCAGGCAGGCGGACAAACUCACCCGGUCCAGGGAAGAAAUGCGGGAGCUGGUCAACACCCCCCUCCCCUCCACCUGGAGGCGCUCGUCUCUCCCCACAGAGGAGCCCGCUGUCAUGGAGGAACUGUUGCUCCAGGUGUGCGGGGACGUUCCUGCUAACCGCGUGGUCCAGACCGGUCUGGUGGCCAGCAGUGGGUCAACAUCCCUGCCCGUGGUCAAAUCCCGCAGAGACUCUCGUCGCUCCAGCCUGAACAUCGGGCCUCUGGCAUCAAAUAAUGUGUUAAUCGACGUACGGAAGAACCCUGUCUAAAUAGAAACCUAUUCAUGUGUACAUUCACUUUUUAAGGACUUUUGUCUUCUGUUCUUUGAUUUUCUUUUUUGUACUUUUUUAAAUGAAAGCCCACUGAUUUUUCUACAAAGCACUUUUGACUAAAGUAAAGUUUGUGAUGUCAUGCAGAUGGUAAGUAUUACAUGUGGCCUUACCCAGGAAUCACUCGUCACAGAAUAAGGUUCUGUCUCUGAAAUCACGAACUUUUGUCCAUCCACAGUAUUUUGUAAUAAAUUGUAUGUUUGUCUUCGCUC